AUGGUCAACCGAGCGGGCGAUGGGGACAUCGGGUCCUGGCAAGCCAUCAUCACGCUUUUGGUGUUUAUCGCCACAAUCGCGGCUCUCGUGUUUCCGGUUGACAUUCCCGUCAUCGUACCCCGAUUCGUCGUCCAACAUGUCGACAGAGCGCUUGUAUGGGCUCGAAUACGGCCACCAUCAGCAUCUACUACAACAGCAGUUGCACAAUCAGCGAGGCUCUCCAAGCGACAUCCUCAUCGUUUCUUGCUUCCUAUCAAUUUUGUGACGGCGCCGCUCAUAGCGGUACUUCUUCUGUUGGCCAUCGGAACUAUAGGGCGACAAGAAGUGCACGAUGGAACACUAGGGGCGGACAAUAUCGUGCCCAUAGACAUCAUGGCAUUCUUUCUUGGAUUGGCCUACGUCGCAAUCAGCAUCGAUGCCUCUGGGCUGAUUCGCUUCCUAGCCUUCGUAGUGGUCAAGAAAGGAGGGAAUGUCGGACAUCGCCUAUACUUCUACCUCUACGUGUUCUUUUUCGCCCUUGGGACUUUUGUUGGGAAUGAUCCUAUCAUCUUGUCCGGAACUGCAUUUCUGGCCUACUUGACGCGUGUAGCUGCCAAUAUCAAGCAUCCGCGCGCAUGGAUCUAUUCCCAGUUUGCUGUGGCCAAUAUCUCUUCUGCGAUCCUCGUCUCCUCAAAUCCCACCAAUCUGGUCCUUGCAGGAGCAUUUCAGAUCACAUUCACCAACUAUACAGCGAAUAUGAUUGUGCCUGUUGCCAUCACAGGAUUGGCCCUCUUUCCCUUCCUACUCUACUUGAUCUUUCCUUCGGAGGACCUCAUCCCACUCAGGAUCGAGAUACGAGACCUACCUGAUGCUGAAGCCGCGGCAGGUUUGACGGAUAGCCCCGCGGCCAUGGACUCUGCAUUGGAGACCGAGGAGCCCGAACUUGACAAAGAAGCCAAGGAAGCCAAGGAACGCGAAGAACUGCCACUUGAAGAGUUGCUCAAUCCCUUCCUCGAUAAGGAGGGCGCCAUAUUCGGCGGCGUGAUCAUUACCAUCACUCUUGCCACCAUACUUGCCACGAACGCCGCCCAUGCUGGAGCGCAGGUUUAUCAGAUCACUACUCCUGCGGCCGUCAUUACACUCUGCCGCGAUAUCUUCUAUGACUGGCGCAAGCGUAAUGAUAGACCGCCACCCGAUGAAGAGCUGGAUCCAGCUGGCGGCGGCAAUGGAGCACAACCCAGUGUACUCUUCGGGCAACCCCAUCCCGCUUCGCGACAAACAGACUGGCCGACCACAAGUAAACAUACUUCUGAACUCGAAUCAGCGAUGACGCCAACUCAGCCUGAGGCGGCAUUUACGAAGGACCGAUAUCACAGCCCGCUUCCAGGAGUAGACGGCGCGCCACAGCCAGCGGGAACUUCGUCGGCGCGAUCUGUUGCAAUUGAGCGCUCUGGCUCCGUCGCGUUGCGUCAAGGAGAUUCCGCCUUGCCUGAGAUUCCUCCGCUCUCAGCGGAUCUUCAAUUGCAAACCUUGAGCGACCCGCCUACGCAGUCACCUGUCUUCCCACCUUCUGGUCAUUCGUCGAAGACACUUGCAUCGGGAACCAGUAUCGCAAAGCCUGAUCCGGCGCGAGUUCCGCGAACAUUAGUCGAUAUUGCUAGGGAUACCAAGGAGUACAUCGUCAAGACCUUCCCGACCGUUUAUACCGUUAUGCAGCAUUUGCCGUUCCCGCUUGUUCCAUUCGCAUUUUGCAUGUUUACCCUCGUUCAGGGCCUGGUAACGAAAGGCUGGGUCGAACUCUUCGCCGGAUGGUGGCAUGCGUGGGUCAAUAAAACGGGAGUCGUGGGUGCUAUCGGCGGCAUGGGUUUUCUCUCGGUCGUCAUGUGUAAUUUCUCUGGUACUAAUAUCGGCGCGACCAUCCUGAUUUCUCGCGUCUUACAAGAGUGGAUGAGAAGCAAUCCCAUGUCGGACCGCCUGCGCGAUGCUACGCUUUAUGCUUUAGCAAUAGGUGUUAACUACGGCGCCUUUAGUUUCACUUUCAGCGCGUCGCUUGCUGGCCUGCUGUGGCGCGACAUUCUGGCGCGCAAGUUCAUAUACGUCAGGCGACUGGACUUCGCCCGUAUCAACCUUCCCAUAAUCUCCAUCGCGAUGGCCAUAGGCUGUGGUGUUUUGACCGCACAGGUAUACAUAGUAAAAGAUGGAAGUAACUCGGUAACAGCCGUUAGGGCAUGA